GCAAUCAAUGAGGACGCUGCUAGAUUCUUCAUCUACCACACAAAAUGAUGCAGUGCAAAACAGCCUCUGAUUUGUUUGCAAGGGCGGUACUUGGAUAAAUGAUACAUCAUGGAGCGUGAAGAUGAACUGAAUGACUUGCGGCUACAGUUCCAAGCUCUACAAAAACAGCAGGAGAAGAAAAAACAGGACAGGAAAAAGGAGACACAACCAGAUAAACUUAAUGCCAGUGUUGCCCAGGAUGAUUUGGAUCUAUCUAAGCAAGGUGUUCAGGCAGACAAUCUUAAAGAAAGACUACUACAAAAUGAGAAUCAAACUUUGCUGGACCAGCUGAGGGAGCUAAAAGAUGAAAAUGGUCGGCUCUUCAAACUUUUGAGUGAGAAAGAUUUUGAAAUUAAACACCUGAAGAAGAAAAGAGAAGAAGAAAGACUGGCCUUGGCAGGCACAUCGCGUUUAGCAGGGGAUGUAGCAGCCACCAAGAUUGUUGAGUUGUCCAAGAAGAAUAGAGAGCUGAUGGCUGAAAUUGAGCGAGGAAAGAUUAAAUCCAAGCAAAACAGCAACAGAAUCAAAGAGCUUGAGAAAGAGUUGCAGACUGCUCUUGUACACUCUCCAUCGGGACAAAAGAUCAAUACAAAGUCACAGGACAGGAGGUCAUCUGAAGACAGUGAUGGAAAUCCUGUGGUGAAAUCUCUACAGGAGAAAUUAGCUGCUGCCCAGCUGAAAGUGAUUGAGUAUCGCAACCAUGUUCAGUCUGUCAAACAGGAGUUGAAAGUUGCUCAGAGGGUUUUAAUCUGUGAGGUUGGGGAGGAGGUCAACCUUCAGCAAUUAUUAAGCAGUCCAGGGAGCUUUAGGGGUCGCUCUCAGCAGAUACUAGCUCUUCAGACAAGGGUACGGGACCUUGAGCAGCAGCUGCUGAACCAGUCGGCUCAGCGGAGACAAUCAAGUGUCCUGAGUGUAGAGGAAGAGUUUCUGGGCCUUCAGAAAACCCCUCCUCAAGACAGGAACCUCAGCUACAUUCGCACCAUUGAGAAGGAGAAGAGAGAGGCUUUUGAGAGGAUCUCAGCGGACUAUGAAGCCCUCCUGAAAGACCAUGAGGAUGUGAAGAAAAAGCUGGAAUCAUCUAAAGCCAGGAACAAAUCGCUGUCUGCUGAAAUAAAAACUCUGAAGGUCCAGGUCUCCACUUUACUGGAGAAGGGUAAACAUGAUGAUGAGCUUGUGGAUGCUCUGCUGAAGCAGCAGACCCAGAUGCAGGAGUUGCUCACACGGCUCAGCCAACAGCAGAAUGUACUGAGCAAGAAGACCCAGCCGAGCCACGUAGAGCAGCUGAGCAGUGAGCCUUCAAUACACAACAAUCUCAUCCAGAGGCUUAACCAGAUGGUUGCUGACAAAGAGGCCAAGAUCAAAGAACUAGAGGAGGAAAUCCAGCAGCUCUCAGUCAAGGGACAGGGCAUGGAAAGACAGAUCAGCUUCAACACAACAAUUUGCAGUUCAGGAUUGUCCCCUGAAGAGGGAGACAUUGCCAAAAGAAUAACAUCUUCAAGUUCUGUUUCGAAAUUUGGUCAUAAACUGGUGCUUCCUGCUGUGGGAAGUAGUAUAGAAUUCAAAGGUCAAAGUUCUUCAAAAUGUCCACAAUGUUUAGCUGAUGUGAGCUCACUGAUGACCCAGUGUAAUGAAUAUAAAAACUUCUGCAUGGAGAAGGACAGACUCCUCAAACAAGUUAACAUCCUACAGGCAAAAGAGAAAGAGAUGAACCAAAGGUGUUUGGAGGCAGAACAGAAGUACCAGGAGGAGCACUGCAGGACAGUGAUCCUGGAGCAGCAGCUGGAGAGGACAAAAUUGGAUUGAGAAUAAGUACUGUGCAAACAGCAAGGGUGGAUCUGGUAUGCUGAGGCUCAGUGACAGCAUGAUGUGACAAUGGCAAGCAGUCACGGGCGUGUGGUCCAAUAACGUAUUAUAAUGAAAAAUUGUAAUUGUUAUAGUUGUUUGUGUGUAUAAAUUUUAGUUGUUACUCUCAUAUAAAUCAUAUAUAAUUACAGAAAUGUGCAGUGACUAAUGAAAAAGCGCUGCCUGCAA